AUGGCAACAUUGAGAAAAUCUGAAAUCUCCACAUUUAACUCUUACUCUUUGAUUUUCUUCUUGACCCUUUUCUUCCUCUUCCUCAUUGUUGUUCAGUCUUCUUCUGAUGAUGAUGUUAAUCCCUUUAAACCCUCUUCCCAGAAUUCAGAUCAUUCCUCUUCAUCUACCGCUACAAUUAACAUGAACUCAAGAAAGAUCCCUAGAAAUUCUCAUACAUCAUCGUCAUCUUCUUCUUCUUCUCGCGAUGGAACUCAUAGACAGUUUGAAGCAAGUGAGCAUGCAGUUCCUAGCGGACCGAAUCCAACAUCAAACAGGUUGACUACGUCGGACUAUCUUCUUGUUAAUGCAUAUGUGUUAGGUAUAAACCUUUUGCUUCAUGAGGAAGAUAUUCCCUCUCAAACUCCCAUUGUGGAUCUUUGA